UUCUUUAGUAUAAAAAUCGAAAAGAAAACCCUAGCAAUCCCUCUCUCUUCUUCCUCACUUCGCUUUCUUCUCCGUCACUGAGCGACGACCUGCCUCUCGAGCUGCCUAAUCUAAGGCUUGAGCUUUAGGAGGAAAAGGAAAAAUGGUGAGAAUCAGUGUGCUCAACGAUGCGCUCAAGAGCAUGUACAAUGCCGAGAAACGAGGCAAGAGGCAGGUCAUGAUCAGACCUUCUUCCAAAGUCAUCAUCAAGUUUCUUAUCGUCAUGCAGAAGCACGGUUACAUUGGUGAGUUUGAGUAUGUGGAUGACCAUCGAUCCGGGAAAAUCGUUGUGGAGUUAAACGGAAGGUUGAACAAGUGUGGUGUUAUCAGCCCACGUUUUGAUGUUGGUGUCAAGGAGAUUGAAGGUUGGACUGCUCGUUUGCUUCCUUCCCGACAGUUUGGUUACAUCGUUCUGACUACCUCCGCGGGUAUUAUGGACCAUGAAGAAGCCAGGAGGAAGAAUGUCGGAGGCAAGGUCCUCGGCUUCUUCUAUUGAUAUGUUUUAUUCUGAAUCAAUUACUCUUUGUUUUUGUUUUUUUCUCUUUUGAAUUUUGUGGUAACUUUUGGUUGGAUAGUGGUUAAAAUUACUCUUGUCUCGAGUUA